AUGCCAAAACCUACACUUGAACAAUGGCUUGGAAUAGCUGCAGGGGCGUCAUUUGGGGGAUUCAGACUAUACUUUGGCAGCCCUAUUUUUUUUAAAUGUUUGGUUGGCCCGUAUAAAAUAUUUGUACAACAAUUAGAAACUCGCUUUUCUGAGAAAAACCAAGAAUUAUUUAAGAUAUUUCAGAUUUUCGACUAUACAAGCUUAUAUUAUUUCAAUCCAAAGUGUCCAUCUUUAGAGUUCUUCAUAGAUCAUUAUAAAUAUUUUGAAAUUAAUAAAAUAAAAGUCAAAUCAGAAUUUUCAUCUGCUAAAGCUUUGCUUGAACAUAAACAUAUUUUAAGACCGGACUUUGAAAUGAUUGUAGAUGUUCUCAUUGAACUUCCUAGUUCAUUUUCAGAAACUUUAAAACUAAUGCAUAUCAUUAAAACUCUUCCAAUAUCUACAGCAUCUAAUGAACGCUUUUUUUCUUCUAUGAAAAAUGUAAAAUCUUAUAUACGUACUUCUAUGGGUGACGAGCGACUCAGUGAUCUCAUGAUAAUAAACGUUGAAAAGGACGAGGCCAAUAAAAUAGAUUUAAAUAAAGCUGUGGAUGAUUUUGGGGAAAUGAAGAAUAGGAGAUAUCCACUUUUUUAA